GGAACGAGCGACAUCAGGCGCAUCAUCAGGACCAUUUGUGCCGGAAGCAAGGCAAAACUGUCCAUAUUUGGAUUAAAACCUGACAGAAGAUUUAAGGGCUUUUCGGUUGAAUUAGGGCAAUGGUAGCUCUAAGCAGACAAGAGUUCUUUCAGGAGCUGGGAUCAGGUUGCUUGCUUCCAACUCUCCAGCAGGGUCUAGAACAAAUAUGGCAACUUUUACUUAUCUGCCUAGUGUGUCGGCUGCUGUGGAGAUUGGGUUUGCCCCCUUUCUUGAAGCAUCUCAGUACGGUGAUGGGUGGAUUUUACGUGCUGUACUUGUUCUUCGAGCUGCACAUGGUUUGGGUGGUGCUUCUCAGCCUGCUUUGCUACCUCAUUCUCUUCCUGUGUCGUCAUUCCAGCAGCCGGGGUCCAUUCCUGUCCAUCACUAUCCUCAUCUACCUGCUGUUAGGAGAGUUACAUAUGAUGGAUACAAUGACCUGGCAUAAAAUGAGAGGUUCCCAGAUGGUAGUGGCCAUGAAGGCAAUUUCUCUUGCGUUUGACCUUGACAAAGGCAUAGUGGAGAAAGUUCCCUCUCCAGUGGAGUUCAUGGGCUACAUUUACUUUGUGGGGACAGUCAUCUUUGGGCCCUGGAUCAGCUUCAAGAGCUAUAUGGACACAGUGGAGAGUCGAAAACUUAGCCUCUCCUGGUUUGUAAAGUCAAUCUGGAGCUGUGUGGCGAGUCAAAUAUGUUUAGUCAUCUCUAAUUGUAUUGCACCAUAUAUAUUUCCCUAUUUCAUUCCAGUCUUUGGAGAUAAGCUGCUUCGCAACAAGAAAAGGCGAAAAAUAAGAGGCUCCAUAACAAGGUGGCUACAGGCCUAUGAGAACAAUCUGUCCUUCCAUUUCAGUAAUUACUUUGUGAGUUACCUGGGUGAGACAACAACCACACUGUCAGGUGCUGGAUUCACAGAGGAGAAAGACAACCUUAAGUGGGACAUGACAAUAGCAAAGCCGUUGAAUGUUGAGUUUCCACGGUCUAUGGUGGAGGUUGUAACUUCUUGGAACCUGCCCAUGUCCCGCUGGCUCAACACCUAUGUGUUUAAGAAGUCUCUCAAAUAUGGAUCCUUCACCGCUAUCAUCUUGACAUAUGCAGCUAGCGCUCUGCUUCAUGGUCUGAGCUUUCAUAUUGUGGCAGUAUUAUUUACUCUUGGCUUUAUAACAUACAUUGAGCAUGUGCUUAGGAAAAGAUUGUCUGUGAUUUUAAAUGCUUGCGUCCUCUCCAGGAAAUGCCCAUCUGACUGCAAACAUCAAAACAAAAAGGCAUUGUGGGUAUAUUUAAUAAACGGGACAUUUAGCGUGUUAGCAGUGCUACACUUAACAUACCUUGGCUCCAUUUUCGGCUCCAGCACAGAUGACAUGGACUCUGAAGAGGAUGGUAUGGCCAGUCACACCAUUCAGAAAUGGACACAGCUCAACUGGGCAAGCCACUGGUUGACCUUUGGCCUUUGGGUCCUGUAUCGCCUUAUUCUUUAAACUCUGAAACCUACAUAGACAAAGAGAGGAAGGAGAAGAUAGCAAUAUGCUGUGAUUGGCUAAAACAUGUGGGAUUACCGCGGAGGUGCCAUAGCCUUUUAUUACAUCCCUGUGAACUCUGGAUGAACUUGACUGUGGAACAGAGUACUCACAAAUCCGGGAAAACACUUAUUUACAUUUAAUAUGGUUCCACACAGCUGGUUCGGCCACAGCACAGACCAGGAAGUACCAGUUUUUUAAACUACCUAAUGGAGCAUCAGUUUUUUUUUUACAAACCACAGCACUCCAAAAUAUGUCUUAAUUUUUAAAUCUUUAUAGUCAAUACUGCACUCAUCAAUUCUUUGUGACUAAAAAAUAAAGCUUAGACUUUAUUUUUGUUUAAUAGAUUUAGGAUCAUACAAACUGUAAAAAAAUAUGUUUUAAUUUUGUCUAAGGUGAAAAUUGUUGAUGUGUGAAAAGAAAGUAAAUAUUUCAGUAGUUUUUCUGUAAUGCAUAAACUACACAAAUCAAGACUCAGUCAAUACUCAUAAUGCAAUUAUGCAAAAAGUUAAGAUUUAAGAUUAAGAUUUAAUGUUAUUUUUUACCUAAAGUUGAAAGUUUCUCAACGGGAUUCAGAUUUUCUUAACAAUGACGUUCUCAUUCAUGUUCUACUGCUGACCAACAUAACAUUCAGAACUCUGAGUAGUGGUUAAUACAUUGUUUUCAGUCUGGUUAAGCUUGCCUCUUAUUUGUAUCUCAAAUGGAGUAUCUACUGUUGCUUUUCACUAAAGCUCAUAUCGUGCUGCGAUUCACAAUCAGAAUACACCUGCUCGCUGUGUUUCAUGAAAGACAGACAUGCCGAAUGACUAAAUGAAUGGUCAUACAUUUACACGUAUAGGGCUGUGAAUGAAUAAGCUGAAAUUCACGCCAACAUUUUGUAACAAAAAAACGUUGAAAAGGAAAGUGUUCCAAUUUUGCAGUGACCCUUAUAACAUUGAAUUACUGAGGCAGUAUGAUUAUGUUUGAUCUUUUGUAAUGUAAAUUAUAAUCUUCCCGCAUAUAUGAAAUUAGUAUUUAGGUAUGUUUUUGGUUUUAUGUGUUUUUAUUUGAUCAUUUUAUUGUUUUGAUAUUUUGUAUUAUUACUAAUUGGUAGUAAAUACAUCAUGGGCGCUAAAAUAUAGAAUAUUGUUUUUUUUUUAAGUGUAAUGUGCCAAACAGAACAUUUAUAAUAUAAGCUUAUGACCUUUUACAUUAGUUUCCUUUUUGCGUUCAAGCAAUUCCAAUCAACAAUACUCAAGCUAUUUUUCUUUCUAUUAAACUAAAUGAAUUUAAAAAUGUCAAUUUUUUCUUAGUAACUACUAAAUAAAGAGUUCAUAUGA